AUGUGUGGCAGUGGGCGGAGCGGACGUUCGACCGUUGGGAGCCGAAACAAGGCUGACUGGACAGGCGGUCGACCUCCCUCCGGCGAUGCUGCCUCUCUCCCACCACACCCUUUGGUCACACACUUUCAAACUGGACUCAGUCUCCUCAUUCCUCCGCUCAUGAGUCGUUCAGCUCGUUCUUGUCGUCGCUUAGCCUUUAUUCCGAAACGUGGACUCUUUCAGACGCGAUGCGACCCUGGCGUUGUCUGUCGUUGGCGGUGAUCAUCUCCGUCGCCGUCCUCGCCAAGGACGUCACCAAGGCGUCCGAGACAUCUACUGCCACUCCUGCUGCCUCAACUGCCACCGAGAAUCCGACCACUGAAGCCUCCUCAAGCUCUACCGUCGUCCCAGAAACCACUGAAGAGGUAUCAAUCAUUUUUCAAUCAUUGUUUUUUCAUCGUUUUCGUUUUUUUUAUAUUUUGUCAACCGAAGUUCGACCAUAAUACAAAAAGUUUUUUUUCCUUUUCAAACACUCUCGAAUUUGAUUUCCUGCUUUUUUUUGUCCUUUUGACUUGCACGGUUACACAGAGUUAGCUUCCAGAAAAAUAAUAAGAAGAACUCUUUUGAAUAAAUAAGAAGUUUAAAUUCAGUUUUUGAACUUACUUAUAGUUUUUCAUGGUUUUUUUUUUACAAUUUCUCUCCUUUUUAAGGUUUCGUAAUAAGAUAUCCUGCACCUUCCUGUUAUAUCAUUUAAAAAGAUGAUAUGAGUAUUUUUCGGCUGAAAAUUUUUUUCCUCUUGUUUGUAGAAUGAUUUUUUUCAUUCUUUCAGUUGCUGAAAAAAAGAAGAGCAAAUUUAAUUUUUUUUUUUUCAAAUUUUGGCAUGGCUAUAUUGUUCUUUUUUUUAUUUAGUUCUUCCUUUUUUAAAUUGAUCUACUGGGAGAUAGCUUAUCGACUAUCAGUGAGAUAGAAUCAAGAGUAGUCGACUAUUGAAACUUGAAGAAAUCUUUUUCUUUUUGUCCGAACUUUUUUUUUCGAGGAUUGUGAGCUCUGAAAAGGUUUUCGUAUUGUUUCAAUUAUUGACUCUUUGGAAGUUUGCCUAUCAGCUUUUCCGAUGACCGUAUUUGGCUGAUCGGCCUUUGUUCUCUUGGAUCCAGUGUGAAUUUCAUCGCCGAAAGACCCGUUUUUUGAGGCUUUUCGAAUUUCGGAACGGCUAAUUUGCGGCGCCGUGCUUAGCGGCCUCUAAUUCGUACAGUCGAUUAAUGCACAAGCCACGCUCUCCUAGUCGGCUCCCGUAAUGUGUGUUUCGCCUUCUGUUUGGCCUCUUUCUCCCGCCGCUCAACCCAACUUUGGACUUCCGCCCGUUCUUUUCUAAGGAGGCUUCUGAUAGAUAAAGCUGAUGUAUGUUACGCGUGUGAUUUUGAAGUUCCAAACUCAGUCUGGUUGAAAUUCCACUUUGUCAUAGAAAAGCCGUUCAUCGAAUCUUCAAUGUACAACCAAACUCGUCGCCUUGACUAGAUCUCAGCGACGGAAGAAGCUAUGACUCAGAUAGGGAAGCCUUCACAGGACCAUGGUACCGGCUUUCUUUCCAAAAUCCAAAAAUCGGACGAAUAUAUACAGUCUCACAGAUUUAAGCUGUAACUUCGAGUGCUCAAAGAAUUUGAACCAUGAAAAGAACUCUUAGGGAUGGGAACGCUGAAUUGUGCUGUAUGGAUACAAUUUUUUGUCGGCUCCAUUUCAAUUUUUUGUUAUUUCAGACUCCGGAUGCCCGCAACGAAACCAAGGUGAUGAGCCGAGCCAAGCGGCAGUGCUGCUUCGCCGCCCAGAACUCUUGCUGUCCGCAAAUGGUGCAGCAACAGUGCAAUUGCCAAGCUCUCCAACUGCAGGUCCAUCAUGUAUUUUAGACUGUGAUCAAAGUUCUUCUCAGGUCCAACAAUGUGACUGUGCCAACAUGCUCCAGACGCAGUGUGGCUGCAGCGCCUCGACUAGCUCCUCCUGCAACUGUCCUCAACUCCAGCAGCAGUACACGAGCUGCGGCUGCGGGGCUCUCACCUACCAGGUCUCUUGCAACCAGUGCCAACAACAGCCGACCUGUGCUCCCGCCUGCCAGCCUCUGUGCCAGCCUCAGUGUGUUCAGCAGCAACAGCAGCAGAUCAUCGUGGUCCAACAGCCUCAGCAGCAGUGCCAGUCGGCGUGUCAACCGGCCUGUCUGCCAUCUUGUGUUCAGAGCUGCAACAAUAACAACUGCAAUCAGCCGACGCCUCAGAUAAUCGUCGUCCAGCAGCCCGCCGAGCAGCAAUGCGCCUCGUCCUGUAUGCCAGCCUGUCAGCCUUCGUGCGUCCAGCAAGCCUGUGCUCCAGCCUGCCAACCAAUUUGCUCUUCGCAAUGCGUCGAACAGCAGCAACAGCAAAUCAUUGUCGUCCAGCAGCCAGAACAGCAGUGCGCCUCCGCCUGUAUGCCGGCCUGUCAGCCCUCGUGCGUCCAACAGGCCUGCGCUCCGGCCUGCCAGCCCAUGUGUUCUUCACAAUGCGUUGAACAGCAACAACAACAAAUUAUCGUCGUUCAACAGCCAGAACAGCCGUCGUGUGCUCCAGCGUGUCAGCCUCAGUGCAGCUCUCAGUGUGUUCAGCAGCAACAAAUCUGCUCCGCCGCCUGCGAACCUUCCUGUCAGGUCUAUUUCUCUCUCAGACUAUUGAAGUGGAUGACGUGAGUUUUCAGUCGUCGUGCAGCUCCAACGCUCAGUGUGUCCAAGCCUGUCUGCCCAGCUGUGAAUCUUCUUGCGUCCAACAGCAGCAACCUGUCCGUUCUCAAAGCUUUAGCCUCUAACUUCAAAAAAAAAAAAUAAAAUAAAAUAAAGCUCUGCAAACGAGCGUUUCUUGAAAAUUUCAUUAACUUUUCUUUUUCUAAAAAAAAGAAAAGAUUUUUCGAUUCACAUCGUCAAUUUUCAUUCACAACGCGAAACCCUGAAUCCUCUCCCUUGCAGGUGAUUGUUGUCCAGCAGCAACAACAGUCGUGUCCUUCGGCCUGCCAACCAGCCUGCCAACCACAAUGCAUCCAGCAGCAAGUCGUCUGUCAGUCCGCCUGCCAGCCAUCUUGUCAGGUUUCCUUGCACCCACACAGUUCGAGAACUCUUCGUUCAUUUCAGUCUUCUUGCGGCGGUAACAACCAAUGCGUGCAGGCGUGUCUGCCGAGCUGCCAACAGAGCUGUACGCAGCAGCAGUCGCAGCCCCAGGUAGUCCUCCAUUUGGUUGAAAACACAUAAAAAAACACACGUUCUUUCUCUCAUUUAAAUUUUUUUUUCUCCGAAAAAUUCGAUUUAAAAAAGUCGAUAAUUUAUAAUCAAAAAUAUUACAAAAAAGUUAACAUUUUUGCGGAUAUGUUUAUGAAAAAAAUUGAAGUUUUGGUGGUCUUUUAAUCCUCAGAAAAAUUUUGAUCAAAAAAUGGUUUAGAUUCCUCUUCUCCGGUUUUUGCAUUUUUCAAUGUUGAAUAUAUCUUAGAAAUGGACACAGAUUGAGACUUUUGAACUCUCCCAGUUACUGAAACAAAUUUCAAACAGGCAAUAGAACUUUUGAAUUAACGUCUCAACACCUUGUCGUUUUGUGAAUACAGACUUUUUGAAAUGUUCUGUUUUUAGAAAUCAACCUUUUUCACAAUCUUUCCACAUUAUUCAUGGCUGAUUUUCGAUUUCAAAGUUUCUUGCUUCUUUUGGAAAAUUUUCCAAAUUAAACUGGUAUAUUAAAUCAAGCUACCCUGAGUCGUUAUCAAAAAGAAAAUAAAUCAUUGACCUCUAUUUUUGUAUAGGCCUUUUCAACUUUGUAUGCUAAAUUUCAGCGAAGAACUCCUCUUUUCGAAAUAGCGCUUAGUUUCGGAAAAAUGAGCGCAAAUAAUAAAAACCGAGAAAAAUAAACCUAGAACAAUACAUUUGGAAUUCAAGGUCUCUAUGGCCGUGUAGCCGCGUAAAUGUGUCCUCCUCGGACAAAUACCGCGAAGACCAAAAUUCACACAAAAUUGUCUCUCAAAAACUUAAAUUUGAUCUUUUCGCCUUGUUCCCCGUAGAGUACAUAUUUACACGACGGGAGAGUCCAAUGAAGCCUAGAAAUCGCUGCAAAAAAUUCCAGGGUGUGUUUUCCAAGUUCAUCUAGGCUAUUUGUUCUUGAAGCUCAAGUUUCGAAGUUGGACUUUCAAGGACCGCGUUCAUCUUUGGAAAUGCUCACAAUCAAGAGAACAUUGACAAAGAGAGUGUUUCUCAAAAAUGACUCGAAAAACUUGAGGUCAUCGUCGUCCAACAGCAGAAUCAGGGCUCGUGCGCGCCAGCCUGUCAGCCGUCCUGCCAACCUCAGUGUGUUCAGCAACAAGCCCUUUGCGUUCAAGCCUGUCAACCUUCUUGCCAGGUAAAUGUCGUCUUGGAGAGAAUUUGGAGAACUUCUCUGACCUACUUUCGCUAAUGAGGACUAUAUUUUGAAUACUGUAGAGUGUUACUGUAGAGAAACUUCUUUGCUUAUUUCGACUCUUUCAGCAGUCGUGCGGUUCGAACUCGCAGUGCUCGCAGGCGUGCCAAAGCAGCUGUCAGCAGUCGUGUGGUCAGCAACAAGUAGUCGUCGUCCAGGCGGCACCCGUUUGCGGCCAAACAUGCCAGGUUCGUCGGUCGCUCCGUUUGGAACUUCGUGUUGCUUUGUCCACUUGAAAGCUCGCGGCCGCCGAGUUCGCCCUGUUCAAAGUCAAACAAAAACGAGCACCAACUUCCAGUCUUCCCCUCCUUCUCCGCGUGGGAAUACCUUCAAGCCUAACAAACAAUUACGACGUGGGGGGACACGACAAACAUAGGCGCUAGAUCUAAAAAAGGAAGCUGACAAGCUUGCUGUUUUUAGAGCGACUAGCCCCGCGAAAAAAAAAACCCUUUCCUUUUUUCGGCUCUUACGACCUCGGUUAAAGUGUCAAAUGGACAGCUUUUUCCUACCAUAGACCAUAUGUAACAAAGCGAAACUUAAGUUUAUUAAACUUCAUGUGAACGAAUUAAUUUUGAAUACUUUUUCCUCAAUACAAAGUCAGAUUUAGUAAUGAGGUGUAGGGUUUGAGAUUGAUUCCAGUUUUUUUUAAAAUUUUCUUUUCUUCUGUCUAAGUUGUAAAAAGAUUGCAAUACAAUGAGAUAUUAGAUUCGGUCGCUGGAAUCGUUUUAUGCAAAAUAUUAUUUUUUUACCAGAAAAUUUUCAAAUCUUCCGAAAGGAUUAUUUACCGACUAUGGAAAGGGAGAUUCCAAAAUAGAAAAUGACGAUCGUCCAGAUUUCUCAGAUCAUAUGAUGUUUAGGGAGAGCGAGUUUCUCAGCCCAGCUAUGACGUUUCCUCAUACUUUGUCGCAUUUUGCAGGCUCAACCGGCUCUACAGUGCUCUCCCCAAUGCCAACCUUCGUGCCAACCGUCGUGCGUCGCUCAGAAUUCGUUCUCCCAGCCGCCGGCCAUCGUCAUGUGCGCCCAGGUCUCCGGCUCCUCGAGCUGCGGCUGCGGCAGCGGCUAUUCCCAGUGCAUGCAAGGCGUCUGCUGCCUCCGAAAACGACACCGACUCGUCAAGAAGAAGCUCUAG